AUGGCUGUCCGAACACAACUUUUCCCCCCCUCCCCUACUUUCACAGAAUCUUCCCUCUCCUCCUUGAACUCCAGGGUAUACAUUAUCACUGGUGCAACAUCUGGUGUUGGUCUGGAACUGGCUAAGAUUCUCUAUUCCCGCUCAGCGAUCGUGUACAUAGCUGCACGCAACUAUUCAAAAAUCACGUCGGCCAUAAAAGAGGUGCAGUCAGCGUUUCCAGAUUCAACAGGACGUCUUGAAUCGCUAUGUGUUGACCUUUCCGACCUCACAAGUAUCAAGCCUGCAGCUCAGCGAUUUCUCGCUAAAGAACCAAGACUUGAUGGCCUAGUGCUCAAUGCUGGUGUCAUGAUGCCUCCUGAGGGUAGCAAAACCGAGCACGGGCAUGAGUUGCAGAUGGGCACGAACUGUUUGGGUGGAUAUCUACUCUCGCGACUUCUCGAGGAGCUUCUGGUGAAGACCACAGUGGUCGCAGACGAGGGAACUGUUCGAGUUGUAUGGCUUGCAAGUACUCUUCAGAUGGGCACGCCCAAAGGAGGCCUUGUCUGGGACGAGGUCAAGAAGGAGCCGAAAGUGGUCAAAGACCAGAUGGAGAACUACAUGAUGAGCAAGGCCGGUAAUCUUCUUUUGGCCCAUGAGACUUCUCAGAGAUUGGGACCUCAAGGAAUUAUAUCAGUGGCUGUCAACCCAGGGUUCUUGAAGACAGAGCUUCAGCGUCAUAUGCCCGCACCCGUGUCUUUCAUGAUGGGCCUCAUGUUUAAGGAGCCCAGGUAUGGAGCUUAUAGUGAGCUUUUUGGACUGCUGUCGCCAGAUAUCACCGCAGACAAUAACGGAGCCUUGAUCUACCCUUGGGGUCGCAUCGGAUGCAUCCCAGAUGACAUCCAGGUGUCUUUAAAGAAUGGACAAGAGGGGGGCACUGGCCUCUCAAAAGCUUUCGCCGCCUGGUGUGAGAGAGAAACUCGUCAGUACAAGUAG